AUGGCGGGCUUACCCGUCUUAGAAAGUACCGUGGCCUUUGACGCGCCCAAUGCGGACAAGCCAGCUACCACCUGGUACAAGAUCGUCGGCGACCUGGACAAAUCGCCCACCCCGGCGUUGAUCGUGCUUCAUGGAGGGCCCGGUGCGGGACACGAGUACCUGGCUUCCUUUACGGACUUAUACUCGCAGUACGGGAUCCCCAUCGUGUUCUACGACCAGAUCGGGUGCGGCAGGUCUACCCACUUCCGAGAGAAGAUGCGGGACGAUUCGUUCUGGACGGUUGACCUGUUCAUCGCAGAGCUAGACAACCUUAUCGACCACUUAGGAUUCCGCGAGAGGGGCUUCUAUCUCGCCGGCCAGAGCUGGGGUGGCAUGUUAGCGGGAUCGUAUGCGUCCCGCCGCCCGCGCGGCUUGAGAAAGCUGGUAAUUUCCGGGGCGCCGGCUAGUUUUCCUCUUUUCGCGGAAUACGGUAAAGAAUUGCGAGCUGCGUUGCCGUCGGACAUCCGUGAUAUACUCGAGGCUGGCGAUCGAGAUGGGGAUUACGAAUCCUCCGAGUAUGAGAGGGCUAGUACCUUCUUCUAUUUACGGCAUGUAUGUUCGCUUGAUCCGUUGCCGGAACCAGUAAAGAAGGCCUUCGUCAACUUGAAGGAUGACCCGACUGCUUACAACACCAUGCAAGGACCCUCUGAAAUAGUCGUUGAUGGCAACCUUAAGGACUGGGAGGGUUGGAAGGAAGCCCAUAAUAUCCAGGUCGACACGUUGCUAUUGAACGGGAGGUACGACGAGACUGUUAUUUUCCAUAUCACUGUGUUCAUUAUCGCUAACUUCUAA